AUGGAAGACCUUCCAGCUAUCAGUGUCACUGAACAGAAUCCUUUUUGUGUAGAAAUGAUGAAACGGCUCAACAUACAACGAAAACAAGGCCACUUAUGCGACAUAACUUUGAUUACGAAAGAUGAUCAAGAGUUUAAGGCUCAUAGAAAUAUCCUUUCCGCAGCGAGUCCGUUCUUUUGCAAGCUUCUUCAGAGCGAUAUGAAGGAAAAUCGGGAAGGUAUCGUUCGGUUCGAGGAGAUUUCGGGAUCUGUUAUGGAAGAUGUUUUGGAAUUCAUCUACACUGGAACUGUAGAGGUUACUGAAGAAAAUACCGAAGACCUGGUCGUCGCCACAAAUUAUCUCUUCGUUCCAAACUUGAAAACAAUCUCUGGUCGAUUUAUACAACAACAAAUGUGUGAGUUAAACUGCAUUUCAACCUUUUACUUCGCCGAGAAAUACGAUUGUGAAGAGCUUUUGAACGAAAGCAAGAGUUUCAUCCACGCGAACUUCGCGUCUGUAGCAGACAUGAAUGAAUUCCUAAGUUUGGAAGCCAAAGAAGUGGAGAGAUGGAUUUCAAGUGAUGAGAUUGUCAUUGAAACGGAAGCCGAUGUUUUCCAGAUUGCGCAAAAGUGGGUUGAACAUAACAAGAGCGAGCGGAAAGCAGCCUUUGAAGAGCUGCUUCGUCACGUGCGACUAGUUUUCGUAUCGCGUGACUAUUUGUUGAAUGUCGUGACGAACGAACUCGUGCGUGACAACGCUGAUUGUUUGAGGCUGGUUUUAAAUGCCAUAAAACUGACUACGUUUUCAAGCGAUGUUAACCUUCCCCAGUCACCGAGAAAAGGACUUGAGACACGAGCUAUAGUGGCUUGUGCAGGUAAAUAUGCCUGCUGCUAUAUCCCUGAUAAAGAUGAGUGGAAAUGUUUACCUGAACUGUUAUGGAAGAGAGGUCAUGAAACCUCAAUGAUUAGAUUUCGUGAUCAGUUGUAUAUGUUUCAGGACUGGAGUCAAGUGCAGCGGUAUGAUCCUGUGUUUAAUGGCUGGUCAUUGUUGCACCUCAACCUAUUUUCUUUUGACUACUUGACUACUGUUAGGGGAGAGCUGUAUUCUGUCAGGCAGAUGUAUUAUUACACAUAA